ACAAAGUAUCAUUUGGUAAGAGGCAUUCGUCACCUUCAGACAGAAAAAAGUAGAACUCCAUUAUUCGUUUACUAGCCUGAUGAAAGAUUCUAACAGCUCUUAAAAGAAUAUCACAGUGAGAAAACAGGACAACGUAACAUGCCCAGCAUAUAUGGUCACAAAAAGACAAUGACGUCCAUACAUACGACAUACCCUCCGGCCAGAAACGCCGAGACGAUCGUGAAAGUUCGUGCGAUGAACGAUCAAGAAGAGAGAAAGAGAAAAGUGCUCCUUCAACAGUUUGAAAAGGAAAACACAGUGUUCAUGAAGAACACGGCACAAGAGAAGAAACUUUUCCAGGGAAGACUUCGGAACCUCCAAAGCACCCAGUGCAAGAUGCGGUCGCUGUCUCCAACGAAGCAUGAGGUUGGGAUGGUCUCGAGCGAGACCUGGAAGAAGAACAACAAUAGAAGGCCAGUUACAGAGUUUGGUCCGAGAAGAAAUGUGGGAUGCAUCAAGGAGGAUACUAAGAAUGAUACCUCCAAAGAACGUGAAGCCGCGUCUGCGAUUCACGUCCGCUCAUGCUCACUACCCGAGACGACACCUAGCGGGACAACCGAAAACCGGUGUCAGAGCAAGCAAAAAGACAGGAAGGAAACACACAGCAGAGCGCUCACAGCCAGCGACUGCUUCCGUAAGAAGAUGCUUGAAUUGGAAAGAGAAGACCAUCAUCUCAUCAGCACGCCGCCAAGAGUGCGUCAUCAGCUUCUGGUGGGGAGGCCGCGUCUGCAAAAGGAAAACUUCCAUUGCAACACGGAUGGCGUUUCGCAGGAAUUCCAGAAAAUCAGCAAGCCAUCUGAACCAUGUGAGACCAUCGCCCCCGAUGUUGGCGCAACGUCGACGUCGACUGGAUCGUCUAACGUCUGCCUACCCUCCAUCGCGCACCAAACAGCAACAACACGGCAGAAAGACCAUCAGCAGUCAAAAGCGGCACAGGAAGACAAGGAGACGUCGGGGGCUUCUGAUCUUACAGCCGCUAAGGUGGGAGAGUGGUUGAACAAACUUUCAUCUAUGGCUGACAAGCCCCAAGAAAAAAUCGACCAUGUCAAGACCAACAAUCACUGCGACUUAAAUGUCUCUAAAGACGAUGCCAGGGAGUGGGAGAGGGUUGUAGACAGUAGGAGAACCAAGCGCCGUUUUUACAUCCACCCCGCUACGUGCGAUGUGAUGAAACCGCGGAACAUUGUCAGCAGGGUCGAGGAGAUGUCCGGUAGGGCCGGCAUACUGGCCUGGCUGGGUCUGGAAACACAGGACUCUGGGGCGAUCUUGCAGAAACCUGACACCUUGACAAUAACCUCGGCAGAUGUGUGAGCAAGUUUUAUUGGUGGUACCCUAAGUAAUGGUCACUAAUGGAGAUCCGAUCGAGACCAAACCAAACCCUUCAGAGGUACGCAGGUGUCUGGCACCAUGCGGUACUUGUGCGAAGUGCAGCAUGAAACUUAACAGUUUUCUGACCAAGUCUUUGCUGCUCAGUAACAAAGUAAUUAAUAAUAUUGUACAUUUAUCAGUGAGCUUGAAACUGACGAUAACUCAUACCGGUAUUGUUAUUUUUCUGUGAUUUGAACAGUGAGUGUAACGUUAUGAGUUUGUUUGCAGAAAUGGAUAUGAUUGACACUACUUUAAAAUGCGUGUUGCGUGCUUAGUAAUUUUUGAAAGGAGGUCAAGUUACUCCAGCGUAAGAUGCAGUUAUUUCGUAACCCACGACGACCUACAUCUAUUUUCAGACUCUUUUUAAUGUCAUUUUCAUGAAUUGAAAUAAUAAAAUACCAUAAAUUGGCCACGCA